CCAACAUUAAGCUGCAGAGCAGUGACGGAGAGGUGUUUGAUGUGGACGUAGAGAUCGCCAAACUGUCGGUCACUAUAAAGACAAUGUUAGAGGACUUGGGAAUGGAUGAGGAGGACGAAGAGGUGGUUCCGCUGCCGAACGUGAACUCAACGAUACUGAAGAAAGUGAUCCAAUGGGCGACCUAUCACAAGGACGACCCGCCGACUCCUGAUGACGACGAGAACAAAGAGAAGCGCACCGACGAUAUCAGCAGUUGGGACGCAGACUUCCUCAAAGUGGACCAGGGCACUCUCUUCGAGCUGAUCCUCGCCGCCAACUACCUCGACAUCAAAGGUCUGUUGGACGUGACGUGUAAGACAGUGGCCAAUAUGAUCAAAGGUAAGACUCCCGAAGAGAUCCGCAAGACGUUCAACAUUAAGAACGACUUCAACCCUCAAGAGGAAGAACAGGUCCGCAAA